CUUCUGUCAUUGAACUAACAGCCUACUAGGGGCAGGCGAUGAGGGUGGGGGUUGUCACUGGGGUGGCCACUGUUAGCCCUCCAACCCCCCAAAGGCACCGCUGUUCACAUCAUGGCUGCUUGCUUGAGGGGGGGACUUGUGAGGUGAUUGCUGCUCACAGAUGCUGCAACAAGAACCGCAUUGAGGAGCGAUCGCAGACGGUCAAAUGCUCCUGCUUGCCCGGGAAAGUCGCCGGGACGACACGCAACAAACCCUCCUGUGUCGAUGCGUCCAUUGUAAUUGGGAAGUGGUGGUGUGAGAUGGAACCGUGUCUGGAGGGAGAAGAGUGCAAGACUCUGCCUGACAACUCUGGAUGGAUGUGCUCAUCUGGGAACAAGAUCAAGACCACAAGGGUGAGAGCUCACACAUGCUGCAUUGCAAACGUGUCCAUGUUUGCAAUUCACGUAUGCAGAAGACAUACAAAUGCUUGCUGUGUGUGUACUGGUUUCAUGUCUUUUAACCCUGACACACAAAUGUGCAAAGAAUACCAAGUUCCCUAUAGAACAUUUUCAAACAAUACAUGGCAACAGAGGAUUUUUCAGUUUAAAUCAACCGCAUCCAUUGGUCCUAAAAUCCUUAAACUGCAAAUAAACUGUAUUUGAAUAUUCUAAUUAAAUGCUUGGACAAAGUUUUUCCGUCGCUUCCUGCUUCUGUAAAAUGUUUUGCACUCUUUGCAGAUUACUCUGACGUAGGUCUGUGCCCGCUGUAUACCAAGGUUGGUUCUGUACGGGAAAGCAGCCUGUCUGAGAAACCGUAGCAUUAAAAAGUACAGUGUUAAAAAAAAAAGUGCGAAACAAACAGUUGGUCUCCGCCUCGGGCCACAUUCCUCUCAGAUCAGGUUAUGGUCUAGUUUGCUUCUCUACUGCCUUUUAGCUGUCUAAAGAGAUUCCCAAUGCAGCAUAAAAAUAACAGAGAAGGGAGUUAAAUCCUCAAAGCAAGUUGUGAUAAGUUGAUCAGCUAAUUUGAAUUCAUUUAACAGCCCCCCUCCCUUCCUGUCAGUGCUUAGACUCAAUGACUUUGAUUAAAAACAGAAACUAAUGGGAUUGCAGGGUGGAGUAGAGGGUGGGGGGUGUAGACAGCAUCGGGGUUCCCAAAAUUAUUCUAUAGAUUUGUUUGUCAUCAUUUAGAGGUAAAACUUGUGCUGGGGCCUCUCACAGCCACCACUGGCUUAAACGAGUUGAUCGAACAGGCCUUUUCAGCCGUUCAAGGUAAGAUUGAGCACUUAUAUCUCUCUGAAUAAUGCAUCUCUAAUUUUCAGUUCAUUCCUUUGCACAGUUUGAAGUAAAUAAUAAACGUCAUAAAACUUAUUUUGAUUUGUUUUUUUCAGUCAUUUAAGGAUGCAAAGUUCUGCACACAAAGGGAAAACAAAGCACCAGAUUAAAAUGGCGUUGGCCUAAAAUCUCAGAAGAGCGCCAACAAAAAGUCAGGCCUGAGGCUGCUUUUCAACCCGAUACACACAUGUCCUUUUCUUUCUUGACCCUCUCUUUGCAGAACACCCAGCCAUACUCCCCUUUUUAGCUUCUGGAAGCAAAAUGCAGAGGAUGCGUCAACAGAAAUUGAGCUGCAUUCUUGCUUCUGUAAAGAUUCAUCCCAGGACCUAACAGAGGGCUCCCGGUUGCAGGACUGCACGCCAGGCUCUCCCCCUUUAUGGACUUUUUUCUCCUCAUUGAAUGGACUAAAACUAUUACAUCCAUGGCUACGGACUGGCUUACCUGGGACGGCGAGAAGGAUAUCCACCCAGAUAAAACAGCUUUGCUCACUUGGUGCCAAGGAUUUGAAACCACACUAAUCCCCUGUUUGAUCAAUGAGCACUGUAGCCGUGACUCUUUUCUCUUCUCCAUGACUGUGUCCAGUUUCCAAACUACUCUAAUUAUGUUUCCUUACCCUGUCUUUACCUGAAAGGCUGAUACAACAUAGCAGGGCACAUUUAGAGGUUGUUAAAAUAUUUGAAGACAAUUUCCUGGCCUGCCUAAAGGUGAAUCAGUUGACGGGUGCGCCCAAAACUGAACAUAAGAUUCACACAACUGGGGGCAAAGUAGAGUCAAAUUACCCUAAUUUUCUUUUAUUUCAGUGCAGAAAUCAUUUGCGUUUGACUUGCUGAUGGAGACGUACACCGUUUUCUGUGAAUCCAGGAAAAGGCAAGACUUUAAGUUACUGGACCUACUAGCUGCCUAUAAUGAGAUAAUGAGAACUCUUCUGGUCUGACUUUAUGGCCCGAGCUUCAUAAUCUAUAAGGGACACUUUGACUUUUAUUGCUGGGCAUGCCCAAUGUAGAUUCAUGAGCACUACAUUUAUUUUAUGUAAGAUCAUUUGUGUAAAUAAAGACAUAAAUACAUAAAAUACGCUGGAAGAUGGCAGAUCCAAAAGGUUGAUAAAUGUAUCAUUCUAAUAAAAGCACCCAUGGGGGAACAUCGAUCAGUCCCUGAAUCUAUUCAGAGGCUAAGGACCAGCUUUUUAUGCUUGUGUUGGAAAAAGGCUGCAAAUUGUUAUACGUCCUGGAUACUUUUGUCAUUCAGCAAUGCUUUUGGUUAGUUCUGAAAAUGCUUGUAGUUUCUGUGAAGAUGAGGAAAAACAAUGUAUAGAACUGCCUCACAUAUGAAAGCAGUGCUGACAACACUUCUUGACCUUUUGGCCCAGACGCAGCAGGGACAUGGAGCAGUUGUGGAUAAAAUAUGAGCAUGAUCAUAAGAAACAAGAGUAAUGUAUAUCUCUCUCUCUCACACACACACAGGAGAGGGAAGAUUUGCUUACAAGGACAGUGAGAAAGUAUUAGUCCCAAUGGAGAAAAAUAGUUAUUCCCCAGUAGAUAUAAGACAGCCUUAUGAGAAAUAAAUUUUUUUUCUAUACUAAAAUGUUGUCUCCCAUUUCUCCAAUACUGUGAUGGUAUCAUGAAAGAUGUGCCUCUUAUGACUAUUUGAUAUGUCGUAAUAUGUGGGUGGAAGAUCUUGUCAGAGUUUCAUUUAUAUCAUGUGAUAACAUUGCAAGCAGUGUUUUUUGCUUGAGUAAACAAGCAAUCAACAUCGGCGCAAAGAGAGUAUGAAAAUGACUUCCGGGAACACAACACAGUUGCGUCUGCCACAGCCACAAACGAAUCUGUGAUGCUUCAUUUAUACAAUUCCCUUGGUGGCGGAGUGGAUUUAUCAAAACAGAACAUUCAAUUCAUUCAUGCAAUUAGAAUAAAGAUUUUCAAUAUCGGGGUGGGCAAAAUUCCAGAUGAUUUUCAAUAUCAGCCUCCUUUCUCGACUGAUAUUAGAUUCGUCUCUUGUCCCCGUGGAUGCGCUGGUGCACAUUCAUCAUUUAGGAAUAUGGCUAGUUUCAUGGAGCACAGUGCCUCACUGAGCAGUCACAGAAGGUAUGAAAGAGACAGAUGCAUCAAUCUCCCAGCGGCCUUGCCAGAAUCAUGAAGGAAUAUGCAAACUUUGGGAAAAGAGUGAGAGCUGUUUUCCUUUUCGGCUCCUCAGUGGUCCUCUUCUUCUUUGUUUUCAUAUGUUUUGUAGUAAUUAACAUCAUUUAGUGAAAAGGAGUUAAAAACAUUUCUGAUUGGGAUGCACUGAGAAAUUGCCUGGCUACCAAAAUCAACCAAUUUUCAGCUAACCUUAAAAACUCAAAAGUGCAAUCUCUUUUUAGCGCCAUUCCUAAUGCUUUUCAUUAAGAAAGUUGCUACUGUAGAAAAAAAAACUGGCUAUUUUAAUUAUCAGUGGGACGUUUAUGAAGUCAGCGUAACCACAAAAGCGUUCAGAUGCUUCUCGAAAGAAAAACAAUAUUUUCAACAGCGACAUGUCAGUUGUUUAUUCAAGAUGCUUUAACGGAGAGAGUCUUUUUUGGCAGGAACUAUUCAUUUCUUCUGCAGUAUGGUAGGUAUGGAAAGGUGCCAUCAGCAUCAGGAUGUUAGUUCGUAGCUGCCUUUGGAACGUUUGUUAAAUCGUUAAAUUGACCUGGAAACAACAUCAGGAGAUGCUGUUUUUAUCCUUUUAAACUCAAGUUUUUUCAUGAAAAAUAGUGAAUUUGGAAAUAAUGGCAGUUUGUUAAAAAUCUUAGACUUAAGGUAAGCAAAAAUACACAAAGAUUGAUGUUUAAGGCCUUUAUAUACCAUGUCCGUUUACACAAGCCUCUUGAACAGUUACGUUGUGAAAAGAUGUUAAAGGAGAGUUAAAGUUUGCUGCACACAAGAAAUAAAGGAGUGAGGGAAAUGUGGAAUCAUCACAACUUAGAAUACUUACCAAUGAUAUCCCCAUUGCAGGAUUUUUCUAAUAUUGUGCAACCCUAGUUGUCAUAGUUAACCCUUAGAUAUUUAGUUUUAGUUUUAACUUACUAUUAAAUCCAGUUUUACUUUCACUUCACUCUGAGACACACAGUUUCUCUUCUGUACGGUGGCUAUUAAGCAGAAACCGGUGAAGGCUAAAAUUAGUGUUUUCAUAAAACGGAGGUCAGAAAUUGAACACAAAUUUGCCAAAAAUCGCAGAUCGGUUCACCUCAAGUUUCUCAGUAUGUAUGACAGUGUCCCACUGUGUUUUUUCUUUUACAAUAAAUGAACAUUUUUGUUUAUGUAUGUAUUUAUUAUAGUAUUCAUCUAUGUGGAUUGUAAUGCAUGUACCCAAAAUCUGUAAAACAGACUUCCUGCCAAGUUCUACUGUGAAGAUAAUCCUCAUCUUCAGCACUCAUGAGGGAAAUCAUGUGUUUCUUUACUCUACUUACUCAGGUUGUAAGUGGAUUCUUGCUUAAAACAUAUGUAGGGUUAGAAAUUGAUUAUUUUCUAUUCUCUAUUAUGCUCUUCUUUGGACUUUCACGAAAUUAUAGGGUCAUGCUGAGGAGUGUAGUCCUCCUCCACAUAUGACAGAGUAAAACAGAACGCAGCAUUUAAAAACGGGAGUUUUGGCAUCCUUCCUCUUUGCUGUGCUGCAAUCCCAAAACCUAUCAAUGAAACAGGUAGACAGCAGUGUCCAUGUGUUGCUGAAGAACUAAUCAAUAAUUGACAGCAAGGACAACUUUUUUCAUGAAGAAAUUUAAUUACUCCUUUUUGUGAAACUCAGAUUUUCCUUGUAUCUGAAUGCUCGGAUCAUGUAAAAAUAGGGCCAUCCACUGUUACAAGAGAGAACCCUUGUCUUUGUGCUUUGUGACAUUCAUAUUCCUUAAUCAUUUUAAAUAACAACCUAUAAUGAAAAGGGCACACUUCUCACCUGUGAUGGCUUUAAAGUCUAUAAUUGUAGUCAUUAUGGAACAUGAUUCACUGUGAAUAUGCUUUACAAAGAACGUCCACUGCAGCUGGACUACCAAAAGCCUUCCAAAAUCAUUAAUGACACAAAGCCCUGCUUUCAGUGAUAGCUACUCUGUGACUUCAGGCAUUACCACUAUUUUCUGUGAGAUGUAAAUGUACUCCAUCAGAUAGCUUUAUAUUGGAUUUGAUUUAAUCAGUGCACAUAAAAAAGACAAGAAGUCAUAACAAACUCAGUAAUGAAGAAAAUCAGACUAUUCACAAUAGUUUUUAGUGACAAAAUUAGUUACAGAGUAGAUCAGUUGUGUACGACUUUGGGUUUGAGCACAGGUACAGCCUUUCACCCUGAACUGGACCUCUCUCAUCGCUGUGUCCUCUGCUCUAAUGACACCAAGAAACAAAACAAUUUCUGUGAGACACGUAAUAUGUAUUUUUUCUUGUGGAAGUUAUAAUUAAAACAGGUCCAAUAUGUAA